AUGGCAGAAAGCUGGGGAAGUGCUGCUUAUGCAGCCAGGCGACAAAACCAAGAAACAACGAGAGAAUCUUCCUUUACCUUCACCAACAGCAAUAACACCAAAGAUCCCUUUGAGGGCCCCAACUACCACAUUGCUCCAAGAUGGGUGUACAAUCUCUCAACACUUUGGAUGAUCAUAGUGGUCAUCCUCUCAGUCUUCACCAAUGGCCUGGUACUGGUGGCCACUGCAAAAUUCAAGAAGCUCCAACACCCUCUCAACUGGAUCUUGGUCAACCUUGCUAUUGCUGACAUUGGAGAAACACUUUUGGCUAGCACCAUCAGCGUUUGCAACCAGUUUUUUGGCUACUUCAUUCUGGGACAUCCAAUGUGUGUCUUUGAGGGAUACACUGUGUCUGUGUGUGGUAUUGCUGCUCUGUGGUCCCUGGCUGUCAUCUCUUGGGAGAGAUGGGUGGUGGUGUGCAAGCCCUUUGGAAGUGUCAAGUUUGAUGCCAAAUGGGCCAUGGGAGGCAUUAUCUUCUCCUGGGUCUGGGCUGCUUUCUGGUGUGCCCCCCCCAUCUUUGGCUGGAGCAGGUACUGGCCUCAUGGCCUGAAGACUUCCUGCGGACCUGAUGUGUUCGGAGGCAAUGAGGAUCCUGGAGUCAAGUCCUACAUGAUUACUCUCAUGAUUACAUGCUGCUUCUUCCCCCUGUUCGUGAUCAUCUUCUGCUACAUUUUCGUGUGGCUAGCCAUUCGUGCUGUUGCUGCGCAGCAGAAAGACUCUGAGUCAACACAGAAGGCCGAGAAGGAAGUGUCCAGGAUGGUUGUUGUCAUGAUUAUAGCUUUCUGUGUAUGCUGGGGACCUUAUACCUGCUUUGCCUGCUUUGCUGCGGCUAACCCUGGGUAUGCUUUCCACCCUCUGGCUGCCGCAAUUCCUGCCUACUUUGCCAAGAGCGCCACCAUCUACAAUCCAGUUAUAUAUGUCUUCAUGAACAAACAGUUCCGUACUUGCAUCAUGCAGCUCUUUGGAAAGGCAGAAGAUGAUGGCACUGAAGUGUCUACAUCAAAAACGGAGGUUUCCUCUGUGGCACCUGCAUAA